AUCUCAGUGUCCUCAGUGAGGCUGGAGCAGCCCAGAGGGGACCCAAUCUCUAGAGACCUCCAAGGUCAGCGGGGACACCCCUGCAGGACCCUCCAGGACCCCCUGGUUUCUUUCUCUGCCUCAGGGGAUCAUCAUGGCAGAUGAGGGCAGCAAUGCGGCUGGGGAGCCUCAACCGGCACCAGCCCCCGUCCGACGCCGCUCCUCGGCCAACUACCGAGCCUACGCCACCGAGCCACACGCCAAGAAAAAGUCUAAGAUCUCCGCCUCGAGGAAACUUCAGUUGAAGACUCUGAUGCUGCAGAUUGCCAAGCAGGAGAUAGAGCGUGAGGCCGAGGAGCGACGUGGAGAGAAAGGGCGCGUUCUGAGCACUCGUUGCCAGCCUUUGGAGCUGGAUGGGCUGAGCUUUGAAGAGCUUCAGGACUUGUGCCGGCAGCUCCACGCUCGGGUGGACAAAGUGGAUGAAGAGAGAUACGACGUAGAAGCGAAAGUCACCAAGAACGUCACCGAGAUCGCAGAUCUGACCCAGAAGAUCUAUGACCUGCGUGGCAAGUUUAAGCGACCCACCCUUCGAAGAGUGAGGAUCUCUGCAGACGCCAUGAUGCAGGCGCUGCUGGGGACUCGGGCCAAGGAGUCCUUGGACCUGAGGGCCCACCUCAAGCAGGUGAAGAAGGAGGACAUUGAGAAGGAAAACCGGGAGGUGGGAGACUGGCGCAAGAACAUCGACGCACUGAGUGGGAUGGAGGGCCGCAAGAAGAAAUUUGAGGGCUGAGCCCAUGGCUCCCAGCCCCGUUGCACCGUGGAUGUCCCCUGAGGAAUAAACCUCUCUGAACAGGAA